ACUGCCCGACUCUAAUCUGCUGCCUCAGCCGCUUCCUUUCUCCUAUUUAUCCAUUUUAUAUUCUAUAUUUCCAUUCAGGACCAGGACAAGGGAACCGUAGGAUAUAACUCCCAUCAUCAGCCCUGAGUGCGUCCAGACUGACAAUGCUCUAUAUCGGGGUGUUAUCUGUAGCCCUGUGUGCAGUGCAAGUGAUCUCCUUUCCUGCAACCAGCCGGGACACUGAAGACAACACUAAGGUCAUGAAAUGUAUCGUGGAAGUAAUUUCCGACACUCUGUCCAAACCCAAGCCUGUGCCCACCAGUGAGGACUGCCUGGAGACCCUCCGCGGAGAUGAAAGGAUCAUUUCCAUCCUGCGACACCAGAACCUGCUGAAGGAGCUCCAGGAACUCGCAGCCCAAGGAGCCAUGGAGAGAAUCCAGAAGCAGAAGAAGAAUGGCGCAGGCUUUGCGGAGGAGCUAUCCGGCAUCCUUGAGAAGCAGAACAACAAGCCCCUCCCCUCCGACAAGUCUCAGGCUUCUCCACUUCUGGGAAAAUCUCCAGAAAGGGACGAGGAGGAAGAGGAGGAGGAGGAGAGGAAGAGGAGCUCGGAGCGGGAGGACAGCAACGAGGAGCUGGAGAGCAACGAAAUCAGCAAAAGGGAAGAGACGUCCGAGGAAGAGGAGAUCGACAACCGCAUCACCGACGAGAUCAACGACAUGGAGCUCCCCAAAGACAACCGGGAGGACGAGGAGGAGCCCGGCAGCAAGAAGGAGGCCGAGGAGGAUCCCGACAAGGAAAACCGCAAACAAGACCGCAACGAAACGGACAACGAGGAGGACGACACCCAGCGGGAGGACAACUCCAUGAGGAUUCCCGAAGAUUUUACCAAAGACUCCAACUCUGAAUCCGACAACAGUAAAGAGGCCAAACAGGACGCAGACACCAUCGACUGCGGCGAGGAGAACGCGCAGGGUGACGGCGACGCCUCUAAAGACCUGGAGGACUCCAAGAGAUGGAACAAGAUGGACGAGCUCGCCAAGGAGCUGAGAGCCAAGAAGUGCGCGGCGAGGAGCAGCGAGGAUACCCCUGACCGCUCCAUGAAGAUCCCACCCAAGGAGCCCAGCGACCUCAGCAGCCAGGAGGACCGGCAACAACCGCAGCCAUCCAGGGAGGACAGCGCCGAAACCGAAGCGCCAAUCCUAAAGAGGGCAGAAGAGAAGAAGGAAGAAGAGGGCAGCGCAAACAGGAAGACCGAGGACCAAGAACUGGAGAGUUUGGCUGCCAUCGAGGCAGAACUGGAAAAUGUCGCCCACAAGCUGCACGAUCUGAGGAGGGGAUGAAACGAGAAAAAUAUGGGAGGGGGGCAAAAAGAAUUAAAAAAAGAAAAAGUUAAAAAAAUAAUCUGCAAAAAAUUGGUUUUUGCCAUCGCACCUUCUAUAUUUGUUUUCCAGCUUAACCCCGUGACUGCUGGCAAACAAUUUGUGGCAAUCUUCUUGCAGCAGCCGUGGGGUUAAACGUUCUGUAGUUCUAUCACGACUGUCCCGUAGCGCGGCUGAUGCAAGAUCUGGGGGGGGGGGGGGAUGCGCCCUUCGCACAGUGGAGAUCAUCGCCCCUUUUCUAGUAGGGGGAGGGGCGGUGCAGAACGUGCGGGGGGGUUGUGGGCGUCUGGUCUCACCCUGUUAUUUCGGACGUUCUAGGCUGUAGUGUCACUUUUUACUCUUUUUGUUAGAGGAACAUAUUGCAAUAACUUGUUACUUUUUUGAUUACGAUCUGGGGAGUGGAGGCUUCUUCUGUACAGAGAAAAGAAAUUACAGGGAAAUAAAAUGUUGGAUUUUUUUUCCUU